CGCUUAUUGUGUGAGCGAGUCGGCUCGUUUUAUUUUCCCAAUUUAGUUGUAUCAACUUGGUGUUCAAGAGUUAUAUCCUGUCCUGAAACUGACUAGAAGGUCCACAGCGAGACCACUGGUCGGCCGGUUGUGUAGCAGUGUCUUAACAUAGAGCCGGGUUUCUGGUGUUAUUCCUUUGUAAAUACUGUUAUUUGUAUAUACUGUAAAUGAUGACGUCCAUGGGCGGGAACCGAGCCCGGGGCAGCUGGGAGCAGACACAGGGCCAGACACAGAGUCAGACACAGCACAAGCAGAGGCCUCAGGCUACCGCAGAGCAGAUCCGACUCGCACAGAUGAUUUCAGACCACAAUGAUGCAGACUUUGAAGAGAAGGUCAAACAGCUGAUUGACAUCACGGGCAAGGACCAGGAUGAGUCCAUGAUAGCACUGCAUGAUUGCAAUGGGGAUGUCAACAGAGCCAUUAACGUGUUGCUGGAGGGUAGCCCAGACACUGACUCCUGGGAAAUGGUGGGCAAGAAGAAAGGGGUGUCGGGUCAGAAGGAGACCAGCCAGGCAGAAACUGGAGAGGAAGGAAAAGAGAACAGAGAGAAGGGAGGAGAGAAAGAUGCAGCACGUCGUCGAGGUGGAGCGCCACGUAAGGGCCGCGGAGCCAGCAGGGGAAGAGAGUUUCGUGGUCAGGAGAACGGCCUGGAUGGAGGCAAAGCUGGCGGCAUAGCUGGUAGAGGGGCAGAGCGAGGCCGAAGGGGAAGAGGCAGAGGAAGGGGAACUGUCGGAGUAUCUGGACGGCGAGGAGGCAGAUUUUCGGCGCAGGGCAUGGGCCAGAUUGAUAAGGGGUCCAGAUAUGAUAUUGCAGGAGGUGAGAGGACGUUCAACCCUGCCGACUACGCGGAGCCGACCCAGACAGAAGAAAACUACGGAGGGGGCAGUACCUGGAACAACACAGGAAACAUGGAGCUAGAGGAGGGAGCUAGGAUGGAAUACUCUGCAGGAGAGGGAACAAAUUACCCACCCAAGUUUGACUCUGCUCCUGGUGCUUGGAGAUCUGCCACAGAGGAGUGGGGCACUGAGGACUGGAAUGAAGAUCUUUCGGAGACCAAGAUAUUCACAGCUUCCAGUGUGGCGUCCAUGCCUCUUCCUCAAGAGAAUGUCACCAUCACCAAAGGACAGAGGAUUGACCUUGCGGUGCUCCUGGGGAAGACACCACCGUCUUCCUCCUCAGAGACAGAAAACGCCCCCAUGGAGGCCACCCAACCCCCUUCCUUGUCCCAAUCACUGGUUUUCAGCAACUCCAAGCAAGGGGUGCCACUCUCCCAAACAUCCUCCAGCACCCCUUACACCCAGCACAGCAUGGUUAGCAUGCUGGGCAAGGGUUUUGGGGAAGUGGGGGACCCUAAAGCUACCACAGGGACCACUGGCUCCCAGUUCCUGGAGCAGUACAAAACAGCCCAGGCACUGGCCCAGCUGGCAGCCCAACACUCCCAGACUGGACCUCCCAACACAACUCCUUCAUCCUGGGACACGUCACUGGGACAAUAUGACAUGAAGACUCAGCAGGAGUCUGCGAUCCACACGCCCUUUACAAAGCGGCAGCCCUACCAGGCCGCCACGUCAACCUCGUCCAUGUUGGAUGUUUUCCUGCAGGACAAAGGCCUGCCUCCUUCCUCGUCAUCUUCUUCUUCCUUACCGCAACAACCCACAUCCUCACCCCAUGCAGUUCCUCCGCCUGCUUCCUCCCUCCCCAAAAUGACGGGAGUCCAUUCUAUAGGUCAGCAAGUUUCCCCGAGUUCCUCGGAUGCCCAGGGUUCAAGUCCGCUGCCUUUGCAGCAACACAAACUUAAGCAGCAGAAGAAGAGGACCUCCAUUACAACCAAGAUUCCAGCAAUGGCGGUGGAGAUGCCUGGCUCUACAGACAUCUCAGGCCUCAACCUCCAGUUCGGAGCGCUGCAGUUUGGGUCAGAACCAGUGCUGCCAGAGUACGAGUCCACUCCUACCACUGCGCCACCGGUCAACCAGGUCCCGAACAGCCUCUACACAAGCCCCAGCAGUGAGUCGACUCCAUCUCUUUCCAACUCCAGCCAGAUGGACCUGUACGAUCAGAGAGCAUCUCAGACACGACGUUACCCUCCUUCGGUCUCCUCCUCCCCUCAGAAGGACAUGCAGCCCAAGAAACCUGUGAGCUCACCUUCAUUGUUGGUUUUACAGAAUGGCUUCAGUUCAAUACAAGCAACGCAAUCUGUGGAAGCUGCAGCAGGCUCUGCAGUGUCAGUCAAGCCGGCCUCUGAUUCAGUCACGCCAGCAUCCGUCUCCAGCAUGGGCACGUUGGCGGACAGCGGCUCAGGCCCCGCCUCCUUGUUGACAACAUCCAACCAGUCGUCCCUUAGCGCUCUGGGGCACAAUGAAGACCUGCCUCCUAGCACCAUGCCCCCUCCUCAACACAACAACUCUCACCCAUCACAACAGAGCAGCCUCGCUCCUUCAGUCCGAACAUCCAACUCAAGCUUAAUGCACCCCGGUGUAGACGGUGACUCGAGCCUCCACUCGUCAUCCUUCCCUUCCUCCGUCUCUGCCGUACCGUCUUCAUCUGUCCCCUCCUCCUCUUCCUCCGUGGCUGCUGCCCAGGUGUCCCUGGGGGCUCCUCAGGCCUCCUCGGUGGGCUCCGCCACGGUCUCGGCUCCCUCCGGUCUGAGUGCCGUCAGCAGCCUGGCAGCCAUGGGGCUCAACCCUGCCUCCAUGGGGGGCCCGGCUGCAGCAGCAGCCGCCGCCACCAUUUCAGUCUCCGCGACGACCUCAAACAUUCCCUCUUCGGCAACUUCCUCGUCGGCACGCAGCUCUGCAGCAUCCUCAGGGAAAGCACCUCCAAACCUGCCACCCGGAGUGCCCCCUCUACUGCCCAACCCAUACAUCGUGGCCCCUGGACUACUGCACGCCUACCCUCCUCAGGUGUACGGCUAUGACGACCUACAGAUGCUGCAGACAAGAAUACCGCUGGAUUAUUACAGCAUCCCGUUUGCAACUCCCACGACAGCACUGACUGGCAGAGAGGGCAGCCUGACGAGCAACCCUUACUCUGGUGACUUAUCGAAGUUCGGUCGAGGCGAUGCAUCCUCCCCGGCUCCGGCCACCACGUUAGCCCAGACGCAACAGAAUCAGACCCAGACGCAUCACACGACACAGCAGCCCUUCCUCAACCCCGCGCUGCCGCCUGGCUACAGCUACACAAGCCUCCCAUAUUACACUGGCAUGCCAGGCCUGCCCAAUACCUUCCAGUACGGACCUGCUGUGUUUCCGGUGGCUCCUACCUCGUCAAAACAGCACGGUGUGAAUGUCGGCGUCAAUGCAUCUGCCACACCCUUCCAGCAGGCUAGUGGCUACGGUUCCCAUGGAUACAGCACUGGCUAUGAGGAUGUGGGCCAGGCUUCAGGGAGUGGGGAUUUCUGUAAGGGCGGAUACGGCACUGCCGUGGCCGCUGCCGCUUCUGCACAAAACAAGCCAGCCAGCUCUGUCACCGGGCCUGGAGUCGGAGUCUCUGUGACCUCAAGCAACACGGGAGUACCAGAUAUUUCAGGGUCUGUUUACACAAAGACACAGUCGUUUGAGAAGCAGGGUUUCCACGCCGGGACGCCAGCAGCUUCGUUCAGCCUACCCUCUGCGCUGGGGAGCGGCGGACCCAUCAACCCCCCGGCCGCAGCCGGAUACGCUCCGGCCCCCUUCAUGCACAUCCUGGCACCACACCAACAACCCCACUCUCAGAUUCUGCACCACCACCUGCAGCAGGACGGACAGACCGGCACCGGACAGCGCAGCCAGAACGCCUCCAUCCAACAGAAGUCUCAGAUCAACAAGUCGGCCUACAACAGCUACAACUGGGGGGCGAACUAACAUCCGCAACAUGGGGGGCCCCCGCGCUGUUGACAGAUCUGGAAAGGGGGCUCGUCGCUCCUUCCACAACCAGUCUCCACAUGUAAACUCCCUCUUCCUCCUGCAGAGAUUUCCCUCCCCCCGUCUCUUGGCCCAGCACUCCUGCAGCUCUGGCCGCGGUCGGAGGAGGUGCUGUGCCGAGAGAACGAGCGCUGUCAAUGAUGCAUGGGUGGGAGGGAGGGAAGGAGGGACAGGAGGGGCUUAGAAGUGAGGGAAGAUCGGAGCUAUAUGCUAAUAGAAAUACACCAUCAAAAGGUGAAAUAUUGAGUGUUGGGAAUUUGUAUCGUGUUAAUCCCCCUGCCCCACCCCUUUUCUUUCACUUGUAUGUAACAUAGAACUGUUUUCUAAAAGAAUGAACAUUUCCUGUAUGGUCUUCUUUCUUUCUUUUUUUUUUUUGUCUCUUUCCCCCCCUUUUUCUUUUUCUUGCAGAAGGGGAGGAAUGAAAGAAUAUCUGAAGGUGGGGGGACAGGCUGGUUUUGUAUUUCUCACCCUCAACUCCCCACUCUUUAAUUUCAGUGGAAACUUCCCUCCCGUGCAAAAUAAUCCAAACACAAUAAUUUGCUGUUGAAUGUUUGUUUUUGUUUUUUUUCUUCUUCUUCUUCUUCUCAUUUUUUUUUAUGUGAUUUUUAGUUUGAAGAAACAAUUCUCUAAAUUUGGUAGAGUUGUGAAAUUUAUUUUUUACCAAAUAUAGAUAUAUUAUAUAUAAAGACAUAUAAGCAAGCUCUCACUGGCUUGGACUGUGAGGAAAGUGUGUUUGUCAUGUGACUGCGUGCAUGUUUGUACACACAGGGGGCCGUGGUUGUGUACUGUGCUUUUUUUUUUGCCUAGCACAGAAUUUUUAAUUGUCCAAUGCUUGCACAGUUCCCAUAAAUUCGAGAUGCGUUGCAUAAGGGUCCCGCUUGUUUUGAACGAUGUUGAGAAUGACUUCCAAGGCCAAUACACACCCAGUCUGCCUUCCAGUGUGUUUUAUUUUCUUUGUUUCUGAGGCCCCCCCACACAUCCUCCCCGCUCCACCACCUGUCCUCUGACAUUAUAAGGAAAUCUGCAGCGUUGAAUACUGAUGGACAAAAUUGUACUAUGUUUUUUUUGUUUUUUUCGUCAGUGAUUUUUUUUUUCUUUUUGUACUGUGCGUUUUAAACAAACAACAAAAAAAAAAAAGAUUUAAAUGGAUAAACUUGUCUUGUACAUAUAUAAAAAAAACACAAGUACUGUAGUCCCUGUUUGUUCGAUGGCUUUCUCCUUUUCCUUCUCAAAUCCUUGCAGACUUGUUAGCUUUUUUUUUGUUUCAUAUUUUUUUUUAUUUUGUAAAAAUAUAUAAAUAUUAAGUAAAUAAACAAGAGAAAGACAUUUUCAUCAUUUUGGAUGUGAAUGUCUUUUAAGAAACCAUA